AUGGCUACACAUCCAGCUCCGCCGAUGUUCCUGGAUCAAUACGAAAAUCCGUAUUUCCUCCACAGUUCUGAUCACGCCGGCUUAAUCCUUGUCUCCGAUCGUCUUCAAUCCGGCGCAGACUUUCACUCGUGGCGUCGAUCAGUUCGGAUGGCGUUGAAUGUGCAUAAUAAGCUGGGUUUCAUUGACGGAACGAUUCCAAAGCCACCUGCGGAUCAUCGCGAUGCCGGUUCUUGGUCGCGAUGCAACGACAUGGUCGCUACCUGGAUAAUGAACUCGGUGAGUAAGAAAAUCGCUCAGAGCUUGUUGUUUAUGAGUACUGCGGAACCGAUUUGGAAGAACAUCCUAGCUAGAUUUAAGCAGGAUGAUGCUCCGCGUGUAUUUGAGAUAGAACAACGUUUAGGCAGUCUCCGACAAGGCUCUAUGGAUGUUAGUAGCUUCUAUACUGAAUUGAUGACUCUCUGGGAGGAGUAUAAGAAUUACAUUGAGCUUCCUGUAUGUAUGUGCGGCCUUUGUGAAUGUAAUGCUGCUGCUCUCUGGGAAUCUUUACAACAGAGAAGCAGAGUUAUGAAGUUCUUGAUGGAUCUUAAUGAAGCUUUUGAGCCAACUCGUCGCCACAUCUUGAUGAUGAAACCAAUUCCCUCUCUUGAGGAUGUAUUCAACAUGGUGGCACAAGACGAACGCCAGAUGUCUAUCAAACCAAGUACGAGGCAGGACAAUGUUGUUUUCCAGAACUCUGGACCUCACGAUGAUACUCAAUCAAUGUCAUCUGAGAAUCUCGCUGAUAAUGCUGCUUUUGCUACUCAGUAUAACAACUCCUAUCGUCCUCGUCAGCGUCCGGUUUGUACCCACUGUGGCCAGCUUGGUCAUGUCAUUCAGAAAUGCUUCAAACUUCAUGGCUAUCCUCCAGGGCACAAGUUUCAUACAACUCCUGGACAACAACACAUUUAA